AUGUCAGGGAGCCCGGUAACAGAAUUUGUGUCUGAGCAGGCUCUUCGAAUGGCCAGUUCAGAAGGCUACAGUUCCAACAUAGACGAGUUUUUAGCAUACUCACUUGAGCUGGUGCCCGUUUUCUUGGAAAUCGGCGCUCUUGUGAGAGAGCAACAACAAACGUCCGUUCUCGCCGACAUCACUCUUGCUUCGACAUGCAGAGACCAACCCUUCAAGAUCUUGCAUCACUUGCAGAACAUGCUACAGUCUGUGCAAGCCCAUUCAACAUCCAAACCUUCCGAUAUAGCUACUGUCACUGAGCAAGAUGAAUACAUGAGGGUUAACGAAACGUAUCAUCUAGCGGCCAUGUUACAGAUUUACCAGAGAGUUCUCCGACUUCCAUCCUCAAGCGAUGAGAUUCAGGAGAUUGUGCAUCGCAUCUUGACCAUUUUACCUGAAAUCACGCUCCGCAAUAGUCCAUGCCCUGGAACUGUGCUGCUUUUCCCUCUGUUCUGUGCUGGUUGCGGGGCAGAGGAGAAAGACGAUAGAUUGAAAGUCAGAAGUAUACUAUCUAAGAUGAGUGAAUUGUACCGGCUGGAUGCAGUCAAGAGUUGCAUGCGUAUAUUGGACGACGUCUGGUCCGGCGGAAGUCUACACAAAGUAUCGUCCUCAAAUCUAGGCUGGGAAAAACUCGUUGAAGGGACUACUGAUAUCAUUCUAUACUGA